UCAGAAGCCGGCUGAACAACCGGCUGCAGCAAAGCCUGGAGAGGAAAAGAAAGGAGACGAGAAAAAAGAGGAAGGCGAUAAGAAGGAUGAUAAGAAAGCGGAUAAAAAGAAGGAAGGCAGCGAAGGAGAGGGCAAAAAAGACGAUAAGGAGAAGGACAAGGACAAGGAAGGUGAUAAAAAGGAGGGGGAGGGUGACAAAAAGGAAGCUGAGGUAA